AUCAAUCAUGCAAGUGACUCGGAGUCAGAUGUUGCAGUUUCUUUGUCUACUGUUCUGCGCAUCAUUUAUCGAGACGCGAUAUACACCCGACUGGGCCAGUUUGGACUCCAGACCUCUGCCUGAAUGGUACGACGAGGUGAAGUUCGGGAUCUUCGUUCACUGGGGGGUGUUUUCAGUGCCCGCGUUCGGCAGCGAGUGGUUCUGGUGGAACUGGAAGGGCGCAGAAAAUCCCGCCUAUGUCCAGUUCAUGAGCAAAAACUACCCGCCUGGAUUCAGCUAUGCUGACUUCGCACCUGAUUUCCAUGCGCAGUUUUUUGAUCCAGACGAGUGGGCUGAUAUCUUCGAGGCUUCUGGAGCAAAAUAUGUGGUCCUCACAUCCAAACACCACGAAGGCUUUACAAACUGGGGGUCCCCGAACUCCUGGAACUGGAAUUCUGUUGAUACUGGACCUCACAGGGAUCUUGUUGCAGAUUUUGGCACUGCUAUAAGAAAGAGGUCUCUGCAUUAUGGACUGUACAGCUCACUGUAUGAAUGGUUCAACCCCCUCUACCUGACUGACAAGCAAGCUGGUUUCAAGACCCAGGAGUUUGUUGAAAAAAAAGUCAUGCCAGAACUCCACAAUUUGGUUAACAGGUACAAGCCGGACUUGAUUUGGUCAGAUGGGGACUGGGAAGCACCUGACACUUAUUGGAACUCUACAGGAUUCCUAGCCUGGCUCUACAAUGACAGUCCAGUCAAGGAUGUGGUGGUGACCAAUGACAGAUGGGGGGCGGGCUGUUAUUGUAAACAUGGAGGUUAUUACAACUGUGCUGACAAGUACACUCCUGAACAGCCUCCCAAACACAAGUGGGAGAAAUGCCAGUCAAUGGACACAGUAUCAUGGGGUUAUCGGCGAAAUAUGAAGCUAAGCGAUCUGAUGGAUCUACCAACUAUUAUAAAGGAUCUGGUCUACGUGGUGGCAUUAGGGGGGAAUUACCUGUUGAAUGUGGGGCCCACGGCAGAUGGCACGAUUGCACCUGUCUUUGAGGAACGUCUCAGAGGGAUUGGAGCCUGGCUGAAGGUCAAUGGUGAAGCCAUCUAUGCAACUAAGCCUUGGAGAGUUCAGGCUGAGAAUGCUACUGUUCCUGUCUGGUAUACGUCAAAAAAUAGCACUGUGUAUGCAAUCUUCACCUCCAAUCCCAUGAAAAGCGCCUUAAUGCUUUCUGCUCCCAGAACCUCCAGCAGUACAGUGGUGACUUUGUUGGGGAACCCUAAGCCUUUGAAAUGGGCUCCGUUGCAUUCAACAGGUAUAAUUAUUCUGCUGCCUGAUCUGCCGUUGUCACCUGCUGAAGCCUGGACACUCAAGCUGGAUUGGGUGGCCUAAAGCCCUUGAAACUAUUUUGUAGAUUUUAAUAAAUUUUAAGGAUUUUAAGAAUGUUUUGUAUAAAUAAGGGUGGGUUUAUAAACUGAAUAAAACAUACUUUUUUAAAUAGUCUUAAUUUUAUGCUUUUCAUAACUUGAUAAAAUAUUGCAUGUCAAAUACCUUGGAAAUUUAAUGCUCUUGUUAUGUCAUUUGCUUGAUUAACAAGUGUUAUGAGUACUAGGGGAGAGCGAGGACAAAAGUAAAAAAGCAAUUUUCUCAGAGCCCUGAAUGUAUUUACUUUCCAAGCUAUGACAGCACAUUCAGCAUGCAGCCCCUGAUGGAGCUGAAAGCAUUUUUCGAGUACAUUAAGUAAAUUACUUAAGCAGUAAUUUUUUCAAAUUAGUUGUGUUGUAUUUCUACAGUUUAUUUAGUUCUGUAACACAUCCUGAAGUUUGCCUUUUCAGAGUUUUAAGUAUAAAAGUAAAUCAGGUUUAAAUGCCCCGCUACAGUGACAACAAGCCACUACAUGCUAAUGUGGUAAAUUCUGUCUUGCAUCAUUUUUAAAACAUAUUUAUGUCAUAUUAUACCAAAAGAAUAUGCCAAGAGUGAGGGACAGGUUCAUGAGAGGGUGUUUCUGAGCAUCUGUCGGGAACAUUAGUCCUAAGUCGCAUUUACCUUAGUCAUAUUUAGGUUUUAGCCACACUGUACCUUAGCUUUUCCACCUCCACCUAUAAAUUUGCAGUGUUUGCAGUGUUUUUAUGCACAUUUUGAAUUUAUGCAUAAAAACAACUGGAUGGAAAUAUGAAUAUGAAACAUUUGAUAAAACUGUUUUCAUCUGUAAUUCGAUCAUUUUUUGCAAAAAUAAAGGACGUGUUACAUAUUAACAAGGUCAUAGUCAGGUAUAUUUAAUAAAAACAAGAGUAAGAAAAAAUCUAGUUUGUAUUCUUGUUACUUUUGACUCAUCGGUUGGGGUCGAAAGUAACAAUGUGCAACUUAUGUUCAAAGUGAAAUUAUUCUGAAGUCUUUCUACAUUUGUACAAAACCACACUUCUGAGUUACUGGUCACAGCAAAAAUAUAUCUUUGUCUACAACAUUAUCUAUUUAAAUUAUGUUUUUCUGAAAACUGGUGCUUUCAUCCCCGCUCUCCCCCAUGUCUGUUGCAGAGGUGUAAUGUUAUGAAACUGAAAGUAAAAGCAUGCUGCUGAACUAUUUUUUUUUUUAUGAUUGUUAGGCUAAAAUAAGUUGUGGUUAUAGGGU